AUGAGAGAAAAGGAUGAUGUUAGAGAAUGGAGAAAUGCACUAGAGGAGUUAAAAUGCUCAACGACGGAGAUUGAAGGCAUGGAUGAUCAGGUUUUUCCAAUUUUGAAAUUUAGUUAUGAACGACUUAAAUUUGAGAGGGUUCAAUCUUGUUUCUUGUUUUGUGCUUUACUUCCAGAGGACUAUUCAUCCUCUGCUGAAGAGAUGGUAAAGUAUUGGAUAGCAGGAGGAUUGAUAGAUGAUAUGAGAGACUGGGAAAAGGAACAAGACAAAGGCCAAACAAUAUUGAAUGGACUGAUAGAUGUAUGUAUGUUGGUAAAGAGAUCUGAUAAUCAAGUAGUAAUGCAUGAUUUAAUCAGAGAUUUGGCUAUCGGCAUUAUAAGGAAGAACCCUUGGUUUGUGGUGAAGGCUGGGAUGGGGAUAAGGGAAUCAACUGGUCUAAAAGAAUUUACUGAAGAUGUUGAAAAAAUCUCAUUAAUGAGAAAUGAAAUUGAUAUGCUUUCAGGCGAACCCAACUGCCCAAAACUCUCCACAUUGUUGUUGAGAGAGAACCCUCUCUCAGGCAACAUUUCUCAUGGGUUCUUCAAUCACAUGAACAGCCUGAGAGUUCUCGACCUCUCUUUCACUGAAAUUGAGUAUCUGCCAGUAUCAGUUUCAAACUUGGAGAGCCUGUGUGCACUGAUAUUAAAGUUUUGUAGGAGGUUAAGGGAGGUCCCAUCCUUAGCAAAGCUCACGCAUCUAAGGGUUUUGAACCUCUCUAAUACUGGCAUCAAAGAAGUGCCAGAUGGGAUGGAAUCUUUGGUUAACCUCAAAAAGCUUCAUGUUUCAUCUACUGCAGCAGGGACAAAUAGGAUGAAUGCCGUUGGUUGCAAUUCCUUAGUGCUUCCUGAUAGUAUUAUCAAGUUGAAUAUGCAUGGAUGCGAUCUGUCAAGCUUACGCUGCCUGUCUCGUCUGCAAUGCUUACAGACAUUUAGCAUCUCGUGGUGUGGCAUGAAGUGGUUGUUGCCUGUAGGAGACGGCAACACCAUAAUGGCUUUACCCUCAAUACAGUCUCUGUUUCUGGAGGAGCUUCCAAGCUUUAGGAAUCUGUGUGAAGGAGUCUUGCUCCCUGGCUCAUUUACACGCCUCAAAUUCCUGAGAGUCAGCAGAUGCCAUGUGUUGGAAAAUCUCAUGUCACUUGAAUUGUUUCAGCACCUCCAAUGCCUCGAACUAAUCGAUAUUGCAGAAUGCAGUGAGAUGGAGGAGGUGAUACAAGGAGAAGUUAUCGUUGAAGAAGGUGAUAACAACAACAGCAACAACAAUACCAUUGUACUUCCAAAGCUGAGGUGGUUGUAUUUAUGUCAUUUAGGGAAACUGAGAAGCAUUUGUAAGCGGUUUCUAUUAUAUGAGGCUAUGGAAUUCAUUUGGGAAACUGCCAAGAAUGCAGGAGUGGCCAUGGAAUUCAUAUGGGAGACUGCCAAGAAUGCAAGACUGGUCGUGGAAUUCAUCUCGGAUACUGCCAAGAAUGCAGGAGUGGCUAUGGAAUUCAUUUGGGAGACUGCCAAGAAUGCAGGAGUGGCUAUGGAAUUCAUCUGGAAGACUGUCAAGAAUGCAAGAGUGGCUAUGGAAUUCAUUUGGGAGACUGCCAAGAAUUCAGGAGUGGCUAUAGAGACUGCCAAGAACGCAUGGGCUCAAUUCAACUACUAUAGAAGCCUCUAA